CCCAAAUCACAACCACCAUCAACCAGCCAAUCCAUCCAUCCAUCAUAACGUCCACCACGAUUCCCUGCCUACGCUUCCUCAUGGCGGCCGCCACCAACACCAAGCAGAAGCGGCAGCAGCCGCCACCGGUCGUGGACCCCAAGUUCGAAUGGGCGGACAAGGCCGGCACCUACGUGCUCCGCCUCAGCCUCGAGGGAUUCAAGAAGGGCGACUUCAGGGUGCAGGUGGACGGCGCCGGCAGGCUCACCGUGAGCGGAGCGAGGCCGGGCGCCACCCCGGGAUCCCUGCACAAGGUCUUCCAGCUCCCCUCCACCGCCAGCCUCAACGACAUCACCGGCCGCUUCGAGGCGGGCGUGCUCACGCUCACCGUGCCCAAGCGCGGGUACUCUGGUGUCCCGGCGCCGACGGGCAUCGAGGAGAUUAAGACGGAUAAACCUAGUGUGGCCAAGGAAGACGUCAGGCCGCCGCCAAGCAAAGACGUCGCCGGAGGUGAGAAGAAGGCAGCCAGCGGCGACGACAGCAUGAAGUCCAAAACCAUGCCCAAGGAAGAGGUCGCCAAGGAGGAAGACGCGUCCAAGAAGGCCGUGGACGAGGCCACGAAGAAUGCUCAACAGCAGAAGCAGCCGGAGGAAAUCAGCAGGCACAAGGAAGAACAGCAAAAGCUAGCACCAACGGUGAACAAAGAACAAGAAGUGAAGCCUAAUGCUCCCCAUGCCGCAGCGCCGGCCACACACGAGAUGCCGGCGCCGAAGCCGGAGGUUGCUAACGGCGAGAAAGCCAAAGCGGUGGUUGACCAGGAGAGCCUGGCUGCGGCAGUAAGACAGCGCAGCGAGGAAGAGAAAUCCAAGGCUGCUGCCGCUGCCAUGGAAGCCAAAGCGGUGCUGGAGAAGAAGGCCACGGCAUGCAACGGCUGGAAAGAGCGCGUGGCAGGGGGGCUGGAGCAGCUGACAGACAUGAAGUGGGCGGACAGCGUGGUGGAGAAGGCAAGGAACAACAAGGAGGUGGUCGCCAUCGCCAUCGCUGCUUUCUCGCUCGGCUUCUUCGUCUCUCACAAGUUAUUCAGGAAGUGACCACACAUACGAACAAUGGGUAAAGAUAUA